AUGCACGUAGACGUUUGCAGGUACUACCCCCAGAAGGCGAAACUCGAGUUCAGGUUGCAGCCGUUCAUACCGGAUUACUUGCCUGCCGUCGGUGACGCCGAUGCGUUCAUCAAAGUGAUUGCACCCGAUCCUUCCAUACAGGCUGGCUUAGGUCUGGAGUACUUGGACGAGCCAUGUCUAAACCAAAGCGACCCGUGUCUGCUCAACUUACAGCUUCGGGCGUCGUGUUCGUCGUCGUCCAAGUCGCUGGUGGUGAAAAAAUUGGAGAGCGCCGAAAAAAAUCCAAAAGUCAUCGAACAGUGGAUACACGACAUAAAUGAAUUGAACCGAGGAAAGACGUCUGCAUUUUUCUAUUCCAAAAAAAUGCCAGACGUAGAAACAAUAAUGGAACCGUGGAUGGACGGUGGCGAUCAGAAAACCAGAGACAUGCCGGAUUUCGAAAAUGCAGAUUUGUUGACUCUUGUUGAUGAAGUCUGUGAUUACUUCGGGAUCCCAAAGACUGACACCAAAGUUGAGUCUCUGCACCUGUUGUUUUCCGUAUACGUGGCUAUCAAGAACUCUCGAGCUCAAAACACAACUGUUCUAGCUACGGACAAUAGCAGUUAA